UCACGCUGAGGCAGUUACUGAUCUCUGCAUCAUCCUGGUUAGUCACAGAUCCGCAGACAUCAUCUGUUCACUCGGACUGCGUUGGAUUAAAAGAAUAAACCAGCAACAACAGUCAGACAUUUAGACUCUGUUUUUAUUUUUCCUUUUUUCACGUCAAAUCUUCUCUCGGACACUAACGGCAGCCACGAUGCCGCCGGUGUUGACCAGCACAAACUAUGAUUACGACUACGACACGAUUCAGCCCUGCUUCUUCCUGGACGGCGAGGAGGAGGACUUCUACGCUCCUCCUCAGCUCCUCCCAGGUCCCGGCGAGGAUAUCUGGAAGAAGUUCGAGCUGCUCCCCACGCCUCCUUUGUCUCCCAGCCGGAGACCUUCCCUGUCCGCCGCCGACCACCUGGAGGCCGUGUCCGAGCUGCUGGACCAGGACUUCAGCCCCUCGGCCGCCUUCCUUCAGUCCUUCAUCAUCCAGGACUGCAUGUGGAGCAGCAGCUUCGCCGCCGCCACUGAGCUGGAGCGAGUGGUGUCGGAGAGGCUGGCGUCGCUCCGGGCUCGGCGGGACUCCUCCACCUCCAGCAGCAUCGCAGGCGGAGCAGCUGACCGGCAGGUGGACAGGUGUCCGGUGAACCCCGGGUACCUGCAGGACCUCCAAGCUGCAGCAGCAGAAUGCAUCGACCCCGCCGAGGUGUUCACCACGCCGGGCGGGAAGCAGAGCGGCAGCCAGGCGGUGAUGGAGGUGGAACCAGAGGUGUGUCUGGAGACGCCGCCGCUCAGCAGCAGUGACAGUGAAUCAGAAGAAGAAGAGGAGGAGGAUGAAGAGAUUGACGUGGUCACGGUGGACAGACGAAAAGCGUCUCGCCGGUCGGACUCCUCCCCUCUGGUCCUCAAACGUUCUCACAUCAACACCCACCAACACAACUACGCCGCCCAGCAGCCCGCUGUUAAACGGUUGAAGGCAGAGAGCGGCUGCUCGUCGCCGAGGCGGGGCGGCGGCCGUCGCUGCUGCAGCCCACGGUCGGACGGCGAGGACGACGACAAACGCAGGACUCACAACGUGCUGGAGAGACAGCGACGCAGCGAGCUGAAGAUGAGCUUCUUGGCUCUGAGGGACGAAAUCCCGGCGGUGGCGAACAACGACAAGGCGGCGAAGGUGGUGAUCCUGAAGAAGGCGGCAGAGUUCAUCGGGGAGAUCCAAGAGGAUGAGAGCAGGCUGCUGACGGCGAAGGACGAGCUGAGGAAGAGGAGCAGAGAGCUGAAACACAGACUGCAGCAGCUCAGGACUUUACGUUAACACUUCCAUUUCCCCGUUAGUUUCCCUGAAUGUUUCACGUCGAGAACUGAACUGUGGUUUAACUACCACUAAAAAUGACCAAAGCGGCCUGAACGCAGCUCAGCGUCUGUCUGUCUGUAUUUAUUUAGUUUUUAUCGACGACUUCUGCACAUUUAAUUUGAAAUGGUUGUGUUUUGUACAUAAUUCACGUUUUUUUUAGGAGAAAUACGUUUAAAUGCAGCAUGUGACUGACUGUAAUUGAUAAUGAUCAGUAAUUUAUCAUUUAAUGUUAUAUAAUGUCUUUAUUUAAUCAAUUAGCAGCUUCAGAAUACUUUUAUUUUUAUACUUGUUCAAGCUGCUCAAGAGACGAACUGCAAACCCUGGAAAAUAAAAGCCCUUCAUGUGUUGAAGGUUCUGCCAAUGUUACAAAGUGUAAAAGAGAUUUUUUUUCUGCACUUUUAAGAGAAACUAAACCCAAAACUAAACAAAUCAUUAAGUCAUGUUAUGAAGACGCUAACGGCUCUGUUAUGUUACUGUAGCUUUAUUUUGAAAUUCCAGGGCAGCAGAUGUGACGUUGGCUCCUCAGGGAUGAAUUUGGCUCCAUGCAGAUUAAGAGCACGUGUUCUUUUGGGUUUCUGGGAAGUAUUUCACUGCUCUGACAUCAGAUUGAGCCUGAGAGGUUCUGGUCUCACAGAUUAAUCAGCUCUGGUUGUGUCAUCGACAAACUCACGUUGUUUUUCUGAGUUCAGGGGAAAAGAAACGGGUGAAAGUUCAGCCCCAGUCUGUAAAUAUGAAGUUAAACAGCUGCUGCUUCACCAUCGCUGGACAUUUGUACCUUAAUUACUCUGUAGAUCAUUUCUAUGUUAAUUAUCCUGUACCUUAAAUAACCUGUGGCUGAUAUAAAUAACCUGAGUUUU